AUUCAAACGGUAUGGACGCGACUGUAUUCCGAGCGGCCGCCCGACAAAUCGCUGACUAUAUUGUAGAUUAUAUCGAGAAUAUUCGUGAAAGACCUGUAUUUCCGUCAGUAAAACCCGGAUAUAUCAAGCAAUACAUACCCUCAACAGCCCCUCAGAAUGGGGAGCCAUGGAGUGCUAUAUUCGCUGAUAUCGACAGAGUUAUAAUGCCAGGAAUAACACACUGGCAGUCACCAAACUUUCACGCAUACUUCAUGACAGCCCAGUCCUAUCCAUCGGUUAUUGCGGAUAUGCUGUCAAGUGGUUUGGGUGUCCUGGGAUUUUCAUGGAUCGCGAGCCCCGCGUGUACUGAACUGGAGAUGCAAAUGAUGGACUGGUUGGCCAAAAUGCUAACACUGCCCAACCAUUUCAUGUUUAGCAACGGCGGCAAAGGGGGCGGUGUUAUAAUGAACAGUGCGAGUGAGGCAACCCUUAUCACACUAUUGGGCGCUAGAAGUAAAGUAUUGGCCGAACAUGGUAAUGAUAAAACGUUGAUAACUAAAUUAGUGGCCUAUGCCUCGGAUCAGUCGCACUCCAGUGUCGAGAGGGCCGCACUGUUAGGCGCCGUUCAGAUGAAACUAUUGCCGACCAUAGCCUCAGACAAUCAUAGCCUUAGAGGAGAUGUUUUGAGGGAACAGAUUAAGAAAGACAGAGCUAAUGGAUUGAUACCAUUCUUCGUUGUGGCAACGCUGGGCACCACUGGUAUAUUGGCAUUCGAUAACAUUACAGAAGUGGGCAAAGUUUGCUCUGAAGAGAAUGUAUGGCUACAUAUAGACGCCGCGUACGCCGGGUCUGCAUAUAUUUGCCCCGAAUUUAGGCAUCAUUUAAACGGAAUUGAAUACGUCUCAUCAUUCAAUAUGAAUCCCUAUAAAUGGCUAUUAAUAAGUUUUGACUGUUCAGCACUUUGGCUCAAAAACAGGGAUUAUAUUGUGGACGCGUUUAAUGUAAAUCCCGUAUAUUUACAACACAUUCACCAAGGACAUAUGCCAGAUUUCAGGGACUGGCAAAUAUCCCUGGCAAGUCCAUUCCGUUCACUCAAAAUGUGGUUUGUUUUCAGAAGUUAUGGCAUAAAAGGGCUGCAAAAUCAUAUCAGAAAACAAGUGGGUUUAGCUAAAUAUUUCCAGUCAUUGUUGCUUAAAGACGAUCGCUUUGAGUUGUCGGCACCGGUAGAGAUGAAUUUGGUUUGCUUUCGACUAAAGGGAACGGAUGCCUUGAACGAGAAGUUUGUGAAACUUAUAAAUGACGGCAAAGCUAUUCAUUUGACACCGACUCGAGUCGGCGGACAGUUUAUCAUACGGUUUAUGGUCAGCGCCCGGACUAUAGAGGUUAGGGAUAUCGACUUCGCGUGGAAUGAGUUCCAGAGACAGGCGCUCAUCGCUCUAACCCUA